AUGUCUGGCAUGGGCCACAUGUCCAUGGGAGAUGGCGUGCCUGGUCUGUUCUAUCUGCAGAAGAUGUACUGGGCUGUUGUAGGUAGUGCCAUCGCUGCUGGAACAGUCAUUAAUAUUCUGAAUCGUUUCCUCGCCUACCAAAGGUUAAAGGACUCGUCCUUGACCCCCUCCAAGCCCAAGACUAUCUUCUUCAGCACAUAUGCCACCUUAACGGCCAUCGUGCGUGAAGCUAGCUAUGCGACCUUACCCCAAUUGUCAUUCCGCGGCCACUCCUAUCACUUUGCGCCGCUGGGCCCGGUGUCUAUCAUCCUGGCCAACCUCAUCGUCGUGCUCGUCUUUUGUUUCUACAAGCUGGACACGGCCGACCAGUGGAAAUGGGAAGAUGUGGGCUACCGCACUGGGUUCAUUGCCAUUUGCCAGCUGCCGUUGAUCUUCUUGUUGGCGGGCAGGCAAAACCUCAUUGGCAUGCUCGUAGGUAUGAGCUACGAGCGUCUUAAUUGGUUCCAUAGGUGGAUCGCGCGCACGCUGUGGCUGACCGCUACAAUUCACAUGUGCUUUUGGUUUCGUGAUUGGGGCCGUUAUAACUACAUCGUCUACGAGCUGAAGAACUACACCCUGGCAACGAGAGGUUUCGCCGCAUGGAUUAUUUUGACCUUCAUCCUGAUUACGUCCGCCGCACCCAUUCGACGGCUUGGGUACGAGUUCUUUGUUUUACAGCAUCUGGUGACCUUUGUUGGUUUCAUCGUUGCCGUGUGGCUUCAUGCACCGGCAGAAGUCAAAGUGUGGGUGUGGAUUCCCAUCGGUUUUCUUGUCUUUGAUCGGGUGGCGCGCUACUUGUGGGCGACCUAUGCGAACUUGUCGAUUUUCCAUCGUUCCAAGAGCCCGGCUCAUGCUCUCUGGGCGAAUCGGGCGACUUUCACCCCGUUGCCAGGCAAUGUAACUCGUAUAGCGAUUGAGAAUCCUGGAGUCGGGUGGAAACCGGGUCAACAUGUGUUUCUCACAUGCCACUCCAUUGUGCCUCUGCAGAGCCAUCCCUUCACCAUUGCGUCCAUACCAGAAGACAACAAGAUGGUGAUGUACGUGCGCGCAGAAAAGGGCGGCACUCGACGCUUUUUCCGAUAUGCAUCGAAGAACCACCAGGUGCUUGGGGCUAGUGACCAGGUGGCUGUGAAGCAGGCACGUACAGUCUUCAUCGAGGGACCGUAUGGACAAAUGCGGCCUCUGAAGCAAUUUGACAGCGUGAUCCUACUCGCCGGCGGCAUGGGGGCGACAUUCACCGUGCCGUGCCUGCGGGAUAUAGUCGCCAAGUGGAAGGCUGAAAGCACAGCGCGGCUUGCAGCAACCAAGCGGAUCCGAUUCGUCUGGGUGAUCAAAUCGCGCACGCAGCUGAGCUGGUUCGACCGCCAGUUGCAAGAGGUGCUUAGGGAUGUUGAGGACGUUCGGCUCGCCAAUCCGGACGUCAUUCGGGAAAUCGAGAUGAGCAUCUACAUUACUUGUGACGAGAAGCUAGAGCAGGCGCAGAACACGCUUUGCGCCCAGGAACAGUCGCUGUUCCAGCUGCAGUCAAGCUUACCUGCGAACGAGAAAUCCCUCGAAGCGGAGAAAGCAGCGACCGACGCUGUAGCCAUCGAAUCUGUGGAGCAGUCUGGCUGUCAACCAGACGGAACAUGCUGCUGCACAGCACCCAUCAAAGAUGAAGAUGCCAUCGACGCUACAACCUGUACAUGCUCCGGGCAUGCCGCACCGCAGUCUACCAGCGAGCUCGCAACAGGAUCAGACUCGAAGGCCAUGCAGAACCCGCUGCCCAAUCUUACAGUCCUGUCUGGUCGACCACACGCGCGCACGAUCAUCCGCAAGGUCCUCGAGAAAGCAGAGGGCGAGAGCGCGGUAGUGGUGUGUGGACCGAGGGGCUUAUCCGACGACGUGCGACGCAGUGUGGUGUGUCUGAGCGAUGAGCGAGCAGUACAUAAGGGGACGGGGGCGCAGGGAAUAUACCUGCAUGUUGAGCAGUUUGGGUGGUAG